AUGUCCCUGGACAGCGUCAACAACUACUUUAGGAAGUACUCUGCGCACCAGGAGAUUGGGUCGUUCCAUCACGUGCACAGGACUUCGUUUGGAAACUACUCGUUCGUCUGCGCUGACGCCACUCUGACCCCGGGCCCCAAGAGGCCCUACAACUUCUUUGGCAUCCUCAACCAGUCGCAGGUGCAGGUCCUGGACUCGUUCCGGCUUCAGUCUCUGAGUUCCAAUCAGUCCAUUUGGUUUGGACACUACACAACGUCCACCAUCGUGUCCCCGGCACCAGGAGUACGCACACUCAUGAGAUCUGCUCUGGCGUACCUCUGUGGACACCUGCACACUCUGGGGGGUCUCGUACCUGUGCUACACAGCAGACACCCACAGGGAACUCUGGAGCUGGAGCUGGGAGACUGGAUGGACAACAGACGGUUCCGUGUAGUGGCAUUAGACCAUGACCUCCUCAGUUUCUCAGACGUGACCUUCGACCUGUGGCCCGUGGUCGUCAUCACUAACCCCAAAGACGCUCAGUACGUUCACCCAGGACUGGAGCCUCUGGAGCGGAUCGGCAAGUCCACCCACAUCAGACUGCUGGUGUUCUCCGAUGUCCCCGUCUCCUCGGUCCUGGUGCGAGUGGACGGGAAGGACCUGGGGCCCGCUCGCUCAGCCCAGGGGCCCCUGUAUGUGCUGCAGUGGGACCCCUCUCUGUACUCCACUGGACUCCACACCAUCAGCAUCACUGCACAGGAUUCCUCCGGGCGCUCCGUGGUGAAGCAGCAGCAUUUUUCUCUGGAGGACAAUUUGACGUUAAGCUUCGGUUUUGUUCAGUCCUUCAUCCUUCUCACCGAUCAUCACGUUCUGGGGAAAGUCGCGUUCGCCGUCACGGUUCUGCUGAACGUGGGCGCGCUGCUGUUGUUCCGGAGGACGCGCUUCACUGGUGUCCAGCCCAAAGGGUUGGUGUCCUCCUGCUGCUCCUCGCUGCAGCUUCUGUCUCAGAGAAACUGGUUUUACUACAGUCUGCUGCUCUUCAACCUGAGCACGGCCUUCGGGCCCUGGUUCGUGGGGGAGAUGAUCGAUGGUCACAGUGGAGCAUGUUUUUCCUUCGGUGUCGUCAUCGAUGGACACUUCCUGGAGGGAAGUCUGACGUACGUGGUGGGAGUCAUACAGAUGCUGUUCUACAACAUGCCUCUGACCCUGUACCUCUGCUGGACGCUGCACCAUCGCUGCAGUGGACUGAGGCCUCCCUCCCUGAGGCCCCCCUCCCUGCCUGGGUCAGUGUGUGGUCAUGUGACCAUGCUGCUGCUCCUGUGCUGGCAGCUUCACUCCUGUUACUUCCUGUUGGAGACGUAUGGACUGACGGCUCUGCUGCUGUCUCCCACUCGCACCUGGGCCUUAGGACUGGGAUUCUGUUCAUCUGCAUGA